UGUCAGAUUGAUGUGCGGUGCUGUGAGGUGAGGGGCAACUGUUACAGUACAGAUUUUUUCCGCUUAAAAAAGCUCCAUAACUUGAGCAAGUGGUAGUGUGGUAUUCUUAUCGCGGUAUGGGUGGCACUGGAUCGAGAUGAUUUUAUGUGUAUAUGAAAGCAAAAGAUGCUACAUACGCUGAUUUAGAUGAUUACAAAUAUGGUAGUGCCUUCUCCCUGAUAUGGUUAUUUGCAUAGGAUACGUAUCCAAUCAAAUUUGUUGAGAUGAUAGCGGAUCUAAUCUAGCCAAAUAUAAAUGCAAUCACAGUAAUCAUUGUCAGAUCUACCUUUGUUAUAUAUUUUUUAACGUAAUUUAGCUUACCACUGGUGUGGCGCGAAUUGUGAUUUGAAGUUUCAAAUAACCAUAAAUCGUAUCUAGAUAUUUUACUUUACUUAAAUCCAAAAAACAACUGUCGUAUCAGAUAUAUACAGCAGCAGAUAUAAAUAGCAUAUAGCCAUAUACGGUUGCACGGGCCACCUCGUCAUCGUCUCAUCGUAUUCCGUAUAGGGUUUCGUCCGCUUCUCAUUAGGGUUCCGAGAGAGAGAGAGAGAGAGAGAGAGAUGGGGGGAGGACACCUGAGAUCCGCCGCAAAGGCCGCCAUUUUCAGCCAAUACCGCUCUCCAGUCCGCUUCUUCGACCUCCCCUCGUCGUCGUCAUUGGCGCCGGCGAGCGGCGCGAGAUCCAAGAGUGCGCCGCCGCCGUCGAUAUCCCCCCUAUCCGGCGACAAUGGCCGGUGGCUGUCGUGGGAAGUGGACGAUUGGGAGUUCGUCGGGUGGAAGGAGGAAGAGGACGCCGACGACUACGACGCCGAUCUAGGGAUCCCGGCGACGAGGCUUGUGUUCGGGCAAGUCCCGACCCUCGCGGAGGCCAAGGAGGCGACCUCCGAUCUCAAAGUCGCCCUCGAUAAGGUGUACUUCUCGAGCACCAAUGCUGAUGAUAACGAAAAGCUUGGUCGGGGGCCUAACAUUGUUGAAAGUUCAUCAAUUGUUCCCCCAAUGCCCAGACCCGUUGUGCAGGCGUUCUCAUUGCUCCAAGAAAGCCCUGAGGCUCAGAGCGUUGCUGCUUCGCUGGCGUGUGAUAAGAAUGUAUGGGAUGCUGUAAUGAAGAAUGAGAAGGUCAUGGAAUUCUACAGGAAUCGCCAGCCGACUUCAACUGAAUCUGUUGCUCAAAAUGCACUCGCUGCUGCUGAGGGUUCUUCCGAGAACUUCCGCGAUAUUUCUGCCGAUAAUUCUGUCAGAUCAGUGCUCACAGACGUCAUGAAAAACAUGAAGAAUAAUGCGAGGGAGAUGGUCAGCAGUAUAUCCAAUUUCCUUCAGGAUUUCUUCCUAGCAACAGAGACUUAUUGCACGACUAUCAUGAGGGGUUCAAAUUCACACUUUGACGCCACUGGGACAUCGUCAUUUAUAGCACUGGCGAUAGCGGUCAUCUUGGUGGUGCUUGUGAAGAGAGGUAGUUCCUGAUGCGGAAGCUCUAAUUCAUACACUGCUUGCUCUUAAGUUCUUAAAUAAAACUUGAGACACCACGAGUGUAUAUAUAAGGAAGCCUUUCUAUCUCGUAGGAUAGCAAUUAGGAGUUCAUUUUCGCUCUUUUGUUUAGUCAAUCAAUGUUCCAGACACAUAAAUGACAACUCUUUUGUAGAUGAAUUUUAUUGCUUGAUACAUUGAUGAGUGAAUAAUAAGUCUUGCUUUCGACAUAGAUAA